CAGCGAAGAGUACAAAGAGGAAGCUCAGGGUUCUUCAUCCUUCCCAAAGUCACUUGAAAAAUAAGUCCAGACCACAGCGCAGCCCUUCCCAGAUCAACGUGAACCAAGUCUCUCUGGAAGCAAGAAGAAACUAAGCAGGUGGAUCCUCACUCCAAGGAAGGAAGAAGGGCAAACCUAGGCUCCAGAUCCGGUUCCAUGCCAUGUUUUGGAAGUCGUGUUUACGUCUGCCUUCAUCCUCAUCCCUUCCGCUUCAGCAUAAGCAAAAUUAUAACCCUGCACGCUGACUUGUAUGCUAUUAUCAUAGCCUGGCUGCUCCUGCGUUGAGGGACUUCGCCCCGGGAUCGCUGACUGUCUGUGAAUGACAAAUCCAAAGUCAGGGGUUGCAGAGUCAGCCGGACUUGCCUGCUCUCGUGCAGCAGCGGGAGAAAACAGAAUGAAAGAUUCUGAAAAUAAAGGUGCCUCAUCUCCAGACAUGGAGCCUAGCUAUGGGGGAGGCCUUUUUGACAUGGUGAAAGGUGGGGCAGGGAGGCUAUUCAGCAACCUGAAGGACAACUUGAAAGACACUCUCAAAGAUACAUCCUCCAGGGUCAUCCAGUCUGUUAGCAGCUACACAAAGGGAGACCUAGACUUUACUUACGUCACCUCCAGGAUUAUCGUGAUGUCCUUUCCUGUGGACAGUGUUGACAUAGGAUUCAGGAAUCAGGUUGAUGACAUCCGUAGCUUUUUGGAUUCCAGACAUCUCGACCACUACACAGUAUACAACUUGUCACCCAAGUCUUACCGAACUGCCAAGUUCCACAGCCGGGUCUCAGAGUGCAGUUGGCCCAUCAGGCAGGCUCCAAGUCUACACAACCUGUUUGCCGUGUGUAGGAAUAUGUAUAACUGGCUAUUGCAGAACCCAAAAAAUGUCUGUGUUGUCCACUGCUUGGAUGGACGUGCCGCGUCGUCAAUCCUGGUUGGUGCUAUGUUCAUUUUCUGUAAUCUCUACUCCACGCCUGGCCCUGCUGUUCGAUUACUCUACGCAAAGCGACCAGGAAUUGGACUGUCUCCGUCUCACAGGAGGUACUUAGGCUACAUGAGCGAGCUACUUGCAGAUAAGCCCUACCGCCCUCACUUCAAGCCGCUCACGAUCAAGGCAAUCACUGUCAGCCCAGUCCCCUUCUUCAAUAAACAGAGAAAUGGGUGCCGCCCUUACUGUGACGUUCUGAUUGGAGAAACUAAAAUAUAUUCAACGUGCACAGACUUUGAACGAAUGAAAGAAUACCGUGUCCAAGAUGGGAAAAUCUUCAUCCCUCUGAACAUCACAGUCCAAGGUGACGUCAUCGUUUCCAUGUACCACUUGCGGUCAACCAUCGGGAGCCGACUGCAGGCGAAGGUGACCAACACACAGAUAUUCCAGCUCCAGUUUCAUUCUGGGUUUAUACCACUGGACACGACUAUUUUAAAGUUCACCAAGCCUGAGCUGGAUGCAUGUGAUGUACCAGAAAAAUAUCCUCAGCUGUUCCAAGUGACACUGGAUAUAGAAGUCCAGCCCCAAGACAAAGUGAUCGACUUAACUCCACCAUGGGAACACUACUGCACAAAAGAUGUGAACCCCAGCAUCCUCUUCUCCUCUCAGCAGGAGCAUCAGGACACUCUGGCCUUAGGGGGUCAGGCUCCAGCCGAUCUCCCACCAGACCAUCCCAGGAAUCUUGGGCAAGGAGGCUUCUUUGCCUCUCUCUGUUGGCAAGAUCAGAAAUCAGAGAAGUCACGCUGUGAGGAGGACCACGCUGCCCUGGUGAAUCAGGAAAGUGAGCAGUCAGAUGAUGAACUACUGACCCUCUCCAGCCCCCAUGGCAAUGCAGAGGGUGACAAGCCUCAUGGAGCCAAGAAGCCAGGCAAAAAGCAGCAGGAGCCAGCUGCGCCUCCUCCCCCAGAGGAAGUGGACCUUCUGGGCCUGGAAGGGUCUGAUGUGAGCACGAACUUCUCUUCCCUGGCAGCUCCUCCCAGCAAUUCUGAGCUGCUGAGUGACCUGUUUGGGGGUGUAGGUGCCACAGGUCCUGCUCAGGCAGGACAGGCUGGGGUAGAAGAUGCGUUUCACCCUAGUGGACCUGCGUCUGCGCAGUCCACACCGCGCCGCACCGCCGCCUCUGCCUCUGCAUCGCCAACCCUAAGAGUGGGAGAAGGUGCCACCUUUGACCCUUUUGGAGCCCCUGCUAAGCCACCAGGUCAGGAUUUGUUGGGCUCCUUUCUGAACACAUCCAGUGCUUCUAGUGACCCCUUUCUGCAGCCUACGAGAAGCCCUUCCCCUACAGUGCAUGCUUCUAGUACUCCUGCUGUGAACAUCCAGCCCGACAUUGCUGGAGGUUGGGACUGGCACACCAAACCAGGAGGUUUUGGAAUGGGAAGCAAGUCUGCUGCCACCAGCCCGACAGGCUCAUCACAUGGCACCCCCACCCAUCAGAGCAAGCCCCAGACUCUGGAUCCCUUCGCUGACCUGGGGACACUAGGCAGCUCUUCAUUUGCCAGCAAACCUACCACCCCAACUGGAUUGGGUGGAGGAUUUCCACCUCUCAGCUCACCACAGAAAGCAUCCCCACAGCCAAUGGGUGGAGGGUGGCAGCAGCCAGCCGGCUACAACUGGCAGCAGGCACAGUCUAAGCCACAGUCCGGUAUGCCUCACUCCUCCCCUCAGAACCGACCCAAUUACAAUGUGAGCUUCUCGGCUAUGCCUGCAGGACAGAGCGAACGUGGAAAAGGAUCUACUAACUUGGAAGGGAAACAAAAGGCUGCUGACUUCGAAGAUCUGCUUUCUAGUCAAGGCUUCAAUGCACACAAAGACAAAAAGGGGCCUCGAACAAUAGCUGAGAUGAGAAAGGAGGAGAUGGCUAAGGAAAUGGAUCCUGAAAAACUAAAGAUCCUGGAGUGGAUAGAAGGCAAAGAGAGAAACAUCAGAGCUCUGCUUUCCACAAUGCACACCGUGCUGUGGGCUGGGGAGACCAAAUGGAAACCCGUGGGCAUGGCGGACCUGGUGACGCCGGAGCAAGUGAAGAAGGUGUACAGGAGGGCUGUGCUAGUGGUGCACCCGGACAAGGCAACUGGGCAACCCUAUGAACAAUACGCAAAGAUGAUUUUCAUGGAGCUAAAUGAUGCCUGGUCUGAGUUUGAAAACCAAGGCCAAAAGCCCUUGUAUUAAUUUGUGAGCUUUUCUAUGCUGGCUGCAGUCCUGUGAUAAUGCUUAGUGUGUACCACAGUUCUGAGAUUUUCACAGAUGAACCAAAAAUUCUAGUAAUGUAUUUCCAAUACUAAACUGUUAAUUUCCUCGUGAAUUCACUUCUCAUGAUAAGGAAUGUGAACGUUUGGUUUCUUGAAGUCCAUAGCACCAAGAGGAACUCUAGUGAGCUGACCUUGCAGAGUCAUGACAUUCCAGCCUGUCCUUUGGGAAGCCGACUCAGCAUUUUGCCUGGGGAAAUAGGACCUCGGCCACCCAACGUGAAGGCAUGACAUCCAUCUCACUGUCUGAGAUUAAGAUUUAUGAGUGGACAUUAUGAUAAUGGGAUUAUGUAAUGGUUUUAAGGAAUUGAUUUAGGGAUUGUGUAUGUGUGGGGUUUUUGUUUUGUUUUGUUUUUAAAGAUAUAAUUUGAGCAAUGGCUUUACACAAACUCCAAGAAUAUCACCAACCAAGUAUUUUUUUAAUGGAAACUUACUGAAGCCUUUAGCUUCUUCAGCGUGUGUCUUUUGGUCAAGAGCAUUAACAAUUAUUGAAGUGAUUUAACGGUGGAAGGGGUUUAUGUAGAAAUCGAGGAAUUACCCCUAUCUUUUCCUGGAUGAGCUAUAACCCAAGCACAUGAUAGCUAAAGAAAUCAGGAGCCCUAAGAUGCCAAAUCUUGACUCCAGGUCAGGACAUUGGGGUACCAGCUCCUUUUUCCUUUAAAUUUGCCGUUGAUUGAAGAAAAACUCUUGAACGAUACCACCACCAUAAUUCCAAACCUAUUUGAAAUCCCCUUCUAAUUGUUGCCACGAGGCUCAGUGCUCUUUCUUUUGCUUAGCCAAGAAAACAUUCUUCAUGGGUGACAGUUUGUAAAGCAGUUUGGCCCAUUCACACUUUGUAUAGACCUGGCAUUCUGGUGACUGCAAGCCAGGGGGAAAACAGAAAAGAUAACACUGAGUACUAUUUAGAAGGGUUUGGUUGGGGAUAGAGCUGUGGUGUGCCUUCAGAUCCAAUUGGAUAGCUUGCCAGUUGAGGAGUCAGAGUCCCACCCACCUAGUGGAUCUGGGCCCUCCCACCCCGGGAUUAUCUCCACUGGGUUUGCUGUUGGAUGCAUGUGAAAACUAUGCAAGAAUGAAACUUUUCCAGACUGACAUCAGCUGGUUGCAGUUCAGUCCAGUGCUCAGAGCUUCCCACUUUGCAGGGAAAGCGGCUCCUCCUGCCGGGACUUCGCUAGGUCUCUGGGUGAGCACAUGUGCGGCAUCUAUUUAUCUACCCAUUCCUGCAUAUGAGUAUGUCUAACGUGCACACACACACAUUCACAAAGCAGGUGGUCAAAAAGAUUAUCAUGCUAAUCUUAAAAGGUUCACAUUCAAUAUUGUGAAAAGCUUUCGGAAGUUGUGUUUCAAAGACAAUCAUUUUGUUUGUUUGUUUCUGUUUUAAUAUUCUUGUGACAACUAAAUUGAAAAAGCAGCAUGUCAGAGAUAAUUUUGAUUCUAUAUAGACCUCUUCUCUCUUUUUUUUAAAUUAUAAAAGUUUAUUAUUUAUUUUACCUUUAACUGAUAAUGUGAAAUUCUCAAAAAUAUGUUCUCUUUAAAAUAUACAGUUGUAAACUCUUCAAAGUAAACAUAACAACCUAGGUGUUAUUUAUUAACGUAUUAUACAAUGAUGUCUGACCCAGUAUGUGCUUGUCCUAUUUAAGAUUGGAAUGUGAGACAUGUUGCUGUGACCUGUUUUGUUUUUUUUGUUUUGUUUUGUUUUUGCCUCAUUCCACAUUUGUAGAUAUUGUGUGAACUACAGUAUAUAAUGACAAUAAUUAAGAGGAUAUUAUGUGGCUGUCACAUACAUUUUGAGAUGAUAGAACUAUAUUAGCUUUAUAUCAUGUUUGCAUAGAUCAUUAAUGUUCACGGUUUAAAUACCAUUAAAUGCUAUGCGAUUAGCAAUGAGGAA